UCGUAUCUAGGAAUGAAGGAAUGAAGAGCCAGCAAGGCGGAUAAGGAAACCCGGCGCAGCAACGUUCUGAUUUUGUUGGUUUCUCACUUGUGAAGUUUCAAAAUGGCCGUAGCAGUGGGUAACUGCUGCUUCUCUGUGCUCACUUCCUCCGUAAAAUUCCGUUGCUCCGCUUCUACUCAACGCCGCUUCGCCACGUUGCACGGACGUAGUAACUCCAUCAAUGACAGAUUGAAUAAAGCGAGAGGGCCUUCUUCAUGCUCUGGUAAAUCCGACUGCAAGAAAGAAGCCGCUUGUAAGAAAGAAUUACGAGGAAAAGCAAAGGAUGGAAGGUGUUAUUUGUAUGCGGAAGGCUACAAAGGCAGUGCUGAUACGGCAAAAACUCAAUCAGCAGGUUAUAAAUUUGGAAUGCAAAGGAAGGACAAGAUAGAGUUGCAGUAUGAUUUGAAGGACCGGCAGGUGCUUUGUUCUCAAUUUCAGGUUGAAUCAGGAAAUCUUCAAGAUGCAGCUUUUCUUAAUGCUGUCGUAAAGGUUUACUGCACCCAUACUGCACCUGACUAUUCUCUUCCUUGGCAAAAACAAAGACAAUAUACAAGUACUGGCAGUGCAUUUAUGAUUGGGGAUGGGAAACUAUUGACAAAUGCACAUUGUGUUGAACAUGAUACACAGGUUAAGGUGAAGAGGAGGGGAGAUGAUACCAAAUAUGUUGCCAAGGUUUUAGCCAGAGGCGUUGAUUGUGAUAUAGCUUUGCUAUCAGUAGAAAGCAAGGAAUUUUGGAAGGAAGCUGAACCUCUUUAUUUAGGACAUUUGCCACGUCUUCAGGAUUCGGUAACUGUUGUAGGAUAUCCCCUUGGAGGAGACACCAUUUCAGUAACAAAGGGUGUCGUAUCACGUAUAGAGGUAACAUCAUAUGCUCAUGGGUCAUCCGAUUUGUUGGGCAUUCAAAUUGAUGCAGCAAUAAAUCCUGGUAAUAGUGGUGGUCCUGCUUUCAAUGACCAAGGAGAGUGCAUUGGUGUGGCAUUUCAGGUCUACAGAUCUGAGGAGGUUGAAAAUAUUGGAUAUGUAAUUCCCACGACAGUUGUCUCUCAUUUUUUGAAUGACUACGAGAGGAAUAGAAAGUACACUGGUUUCCCUUGCCUUGGCGUGUUGUUACAAAAGUUGGAGAAUCCAGCAUUACGAGCAUGUUUAAAAGUACAGUCUAAUGAGGGAGUUUUGGUGCGUAGAGUUGAACCUACUUCUGAUGCACAUAAUGUCCUAAAGGAGGGAGACGUGAUUGUAAGCUUUGAUGAUGUUCAUGUGGGUUGUGAAGGAACAGUGCCAUUCCGAUCAAACGAGCGUAUUGCAUUUCGCUACCUCAUUAGUCAAAAAUUUGCAGGUGAUGUUGCAGAACUUGGUAUCAUCAGAGCAGGGGAAUUUAUGAAAGUUAAAGUAGUUUUGAAUCCACGAGUGCAUUUGGUUCCUUAUCAUAUUGAUGGAGGUCAACCAUCCUACCUGAUCAUUGCUGGUUUGGUCUUUACCCCACUUUCAGAACCAUUGAUAGAUGAGGAGUGUGAAGACUCUAUUGGGUUAAAGCUCUUGGCAAAGGCUCGAUACUCUCUGGCUAGGUUUAAAGGGGAACAGAUUGUAAUCUUGUCCCAGGUCUUAGCAAAUGAAGUUAACAUUGGAUACGAAGAUAUGAGCAAUCAACAGGUUUUGAAGUUGAAUGGAACUCAAAUAAAGAACAUUCAUCACUUGGCACACCUUGUAGAUUCAUGCAAGGACAAGUACUUGGUCUUCGAAUUCGAAGACAAUUAUAUAGCUGUCUUGGAGAGGGAAACAGCUAGCACAGCUUCAUCCUCUAUUCUCAAAGGUUAUGGCAUUCCAUCUGAAAGAUCUUCUGAUCUGCUGGAGCCAUAUGUAGAUUCUCCGGAAGACAAUGUAGCAGUAGACAAGGGUUCUAGUGAUAGCCCAGUUUCCAAUUUGGAAAUUGGCUUGGAUGGACUCCUUUGGGCGUAGUUAUAUGUUUAGAAGUGCAACUUGGAAAUUUUUUACUGCAUCAUAAUAGGAGACAGAUUGCUUAUGGGUAUAAUUUAAUGCCAUAAGAUCAGGGUUUUCUUUCUUUAUUUUUCUUUUGUUUCUUCUUUCUCGGUGAAACAACCGAGGGUGAAAAUUUUGGGGGUUUCUUUUUGGUUGGUUUUGGUGGAGGGGAUAAAUUAUGUUUGGAUGUUGCAAAGCUGAGCGUGAAAUCGUUAAUGUAAUUGAUGUACAAUAUCAGAGAGUUAAAUUGUUUAUCAUUUAAUUUAAUUAAGAAAUGAAUCCUUUUUUUUU